AAGAGACCCAUCUGCGCUGUGGGGUUCUCUGUCCAUGUCCAGAGUUUUUUUUUUUUUUUAAAUAAUUAUCAUUCUUAUCAAUGCAAAUGAUUUAGCAUUUCUUUCUGCUAGCUUGUUCUAAUCAAUCGCAAUCUCAAAAUUUUCACUUGAAUUUGUAAUCUUUUGAUGAACAGUAGCUGCCACAAUUGGAGUUGACCAAGAAAGGUUUCUUUUUUUCUUUUUAUCUAGCUUUCCAUCCAAUUUACAGAAACUUCCUUAUAAAUUACCUUUACCUUCUUCAGUUUGACGAGUUAAAUAAGUCCACAGUAGCCAAGUUUAAUACUCCAAAUUCGCCAUUAUUGCAAAUUUCUGGAGCAGUUGAUAAGGGGGAGAGAGAGAGAGAGAGAGGUUUUGAGUAUUGAAAUUUGGAAGGGCUCUUUAGCUGAUGGGAGGGAAGAGCUCAAAAGGGUCGAGUGGGAGACAUAUUCCAUCAUCAUCAUCAUGGAAUCAGUACGGAUACCCACAAGCAUCACCAUAUCCAUACCAAUCUCCUCAACAAAACCAAUAUUACAUGCCUCAGCACCACCAGCCCUCUACUUCUUACAGUUAUGAAGCAGAAAGGCCUCAGCCACAGAGGAGGUUGGAUAGGAAGUACUCCAGGAUUUCUGAUGAUUACAAGACCUUGGAUCAGGUUACUGCUGCUCUUGCUCAAUCUGGCCUGGAGUCUUCUAAUCUCAUUGUUGGCAUUGAUUUCACAAAAAGUAACGAGUGGACAGGGGCAAGAUCAUUCAAUCGACGAAGCUUACAUCACAUUGGCAAUGGGCAAAAUCCAUAUGAACAGGCAAUAUCAAUUAUUGGCCGGACUUUAUCUGCAUUUGAUGAGGAUAACUUAAUUCCUUGUUUUGGUUUUGGAGAUGCAUCAACGCAUGAUCAAGAUGUCUUCAGUUUUCAUCAAGAUGAAAAAUUCUGUAAUGGAUUUGAGGAAGUGCUGACGCGAUACAGAGAAAUUGUUCCCCAACUUAGACUUGCAGGUGUGGCUUCUAUUAUUCCAUUAGUCUGUCUAUGUUACUGCAUUAAUCAUGUUCUACCACCUAGUUUUAAUGCACAUUUUUAUAUUUCUAUGGCAGGACCAACAUCUUUUGCGCCCAUAAUUGACAUGGCUAUUACUAUUGUUGAGCAAAGUGGUGGACAGUACCAUGUUCUGUUGAUAAUUGCUGAUGGACAGGUAACAAGGAGUGUUGAUACACAGCACGGUCAACUCAGUCCACAGGAGAAAAAGACAAUUGAUGCAAUUGUAAAAGCAAGUGAAUACCCUCUAUCAAUAAUUUUAGUUGGGGUUGGUGAUGGACCUUGGGAUAUGAUGAGAGAGUUUGAUGACAAUAUCCCUGCUAGAGCCUUUGAUAAUUUUCAGUUUGUAAACUUCACAGAAAUAAUGUCAAAAAAUGUGAAUGAGUCCAGAAAGGAGACAGAGUUUGCUCUUGCAGCAUUGAUGGAAAUACCUGCUCAAUACAAAGCAACUAUUGAGCUUGGUUUAUUGGGUCGCCGGUCAGGGAAUGCUUCGGAGAGGGUUCCUCUGCCCCCACCUCUUCGUGGACCAUCUUCUUUCAGCAACAGUGGAAAAACUUCACGCUCAAGCAGCUUUCAGCAACGCGUACCUUCUUAUUCUGGAUAUGAUUCAUCUGUACCUUCCUACUCUGGAUAUGACUCACCAGUUUCUGGAUAUGAUACGCCUGUCAAUACAGCUCCUUAUUCAAGUUCUACUUCUACUUAUGAUAAUCAGGUUUGUCCCAUUUGUCUUACUAAUAGAAAGGACAUGGCCUUUGGUUGCGGGCAUCAGACUUGUUGCGAGUGCGGAGAAGACUUGCAAUCAUGCCCCAUUUGUCGAAGCUCAAUAAAUACUAGAAUCAGGCUCUAUUAAUAAUCUCCAAUACGCAUCUCUGAGAUUGGUCUCUGCCACCAGUGAGUUUGGUUCAGUGAAGCUGAUUCAAAUGCUCAUUUUCUGAAGCAGGGACAGCUUAGCCUUUUGUGUAUUUCCUCAUUAUUUCUUGUUCACUAAGAAGGAAACAGUUUUGAGAUGCACAGGACAGGAGUGUGGCUCAUAUCUUGGUAUAUGUUUGUAUUCUUUGGCAUGAGUCAAAAGGAAAAUCAAGCUGCAGGGGAAGUGUAUAAAUGUUGACCUGGUAAAUAUUUUCGAGAAAGAGUUUGAAACAAUGUCUUCCCGAAGCCAUUAUUCUUCAUCAAAGCUUCUGUUUCACUGUGUGAUUUUGGCAGAAGCUUAGCUAUUGAAAGACUAUUUUAGACUGUUGGGUGUGUUUGGUUUUAGAGCAGAUAGAUGAUAAGGACUUGUAGUCCACAUUUUCUUUUUCUAGUCGUUGGAGGUUAUGUUAGAUCUGUUUGUUUGAUUGUGGAAAUCUACACUUUGGCUAAGGUUUAGAAAUUUAGUGGUGCAAAUUAUAUUGGAUUUGCUGUACGCAUGCACCACUAGUCUUAUUAUUGCAGGAGGGUGACCAUGAGAAAGAUAAAUUCUUUCUGUAUUGCCACCGAGAUUUGUAUAUAGAGUGUUUGUUCCACUAAUUUUUAUUGCAUGGCAGCUUUUGGUUUGAAA